UGCAUACUGCACGCACCCAUACUGUAAAGGAGAGGGGCCUAUAUGUAGUAUUGCUGUCUGUUGCGUUUCCCGGUCGUAGCAGCGGAACGAGAACGGUGCUAAAAUGUCCAUAGUGGAAAACCAGAGUAUUAAGAGCUCAUUUACUCCGUUUCUGGAAUAGUCUGCUCAACUAUUUGCAUCCGUGUUUACGGAUGGUUGGUUAACGUUUCCCGUCUGAUAAAUUCUAAACUGCGUUGUUCGUUAAAUUCCUGACCAGGAGAUACGUACGACUACCACCGGUAGCCAGGGAAACUGGUUGGAUUUGACACUUGUAUCGGCCCGGGACUGCCAUGGAAAAGACACCUCCUUUAUUCGUCUGCGGCAAGGUGCAGGCAGACUGAUCCACUGGAAAGCACCUUUUCAGGAGGUAGACAAGGACAGAGCGGUGGUGCACGUCUCAGAGGCUUUGAGACCCAGGGCUUGCCAAGCUAGUGGGUUGCUGCCUAAAACCAACACGGAAAGAGCCUGAAACAGUUUGCCUGGGUGGCAGCAUCACAUCUUCAGACCCAGGAAAAUGGCACGCCUGGGAGGCAGUCAAAACCAGAAAGCUGCAUGCUUGGGGGACAGUCACUUACAUUAAACAGCACAGCGGCAGGCCUGAAUGGUUUGGGGAACUUAAGAGGAGCGCGCUGCAUUAGGGGCUGAGAUGGACUAAUAAGGGAGCCUGGGUUGCAUCAUCGGCCAAUAAUAGCUCACCUCGAGGAAAGGGCUGUAAGAAGAACAGUAAGACCCAGCAGAGCGCGGUGAUCAGAACAAUCCACAGCACAUCACGUGUUAGACUCUAGAACUGGGGGUGGGCUUGCCCCACCGAUGUUCCACACAACCAUCUCCGGGGAACGUGUCACUGCUGCCAUCCAUCGAUGGCCGUCGUUUGACGGGGAAAAUUGUGAAUGCUGAGCAGGCUAGUGAGGUUGGGGCCCGCCCUCAGUCUCCGCUCUUUGGCUACUGGAUGGAAUUGAGGUGAAUGGAGCCCAUUUCCAACGUCGAGGACCCCAACUCAUCAGAGGGAGAUGUGAAACGCUGGCCCAAUGGACCAAAAAGGAAGAGAAAGAACAGCACAUGUUCAUUGAAGAGCAUGUCUGCACUGAGCCUCUCUGUCCCAGGAUACAUCCCCAGCUACUUGGAGAAGGAUGAGCCAUGUGUGGUAUGUGGAGACAAGGCCACCGGCUACCAUUACCGCUGCAUCACAUGCGAGGGCUGCAAGGGUUUCUUCAGGCGAACUAUCCAGAAGAAACUUCACCCGGCUUACUCCUGUAAGUACGAUGGCUGCUGCAUCAUCGACAAGAUCACAAGGAACCAGUGCCAACUGUGUCGCUUCAGGAAGUGCAUCGCAGUUGGCAUGGCUAUGGACCUGGUGCUGGACGACUCUAAGCGGGUAGCCAAGCGUCGUCUGAUUGAGGAGAACCGGGAGAAGAGGAAGAAGGACGAGAUCGUGAAGACUCUACAGACACGUCCGGAGCCCGACAGCUCGGAGUGGGAGCUGAUCCGCCAUGUGACAGAGGCCCACCACCACACCAACGCGCAGGGCUCCCACUGGAAACAGAAACGCAAGUUCCUGCCUGAGGACAUAGGUCAGUCCCCUGGGGCUCCCACCCCAGACGGAGACAAGGUAGACCUGGAGGCCUUCAGCGAGUUCACCAAGAUCAUCACCCCCGCCAUCACACGCGUCGUCGACUUUGCCAAAAAACUAACCAUGUUCUCAGAGCUGCCUUGUGAGGACCAGAUCAUCCUAUUGAAAGGUUGCUGUAUGGAGAUCAUGUCGCUUCGUGCUGCCGUGCGCUACGACCCAGAGAGCGAGACACUUACCCUGAGCGGCGAGAUGGCGGUGAAGAGGGAGCAGCUGAAGAAUGGCGGGCUGGGCGUGGUGUCGGACGCCAUCUUUGAUUUGGGCAAGAGUCUGGCGCAGUUUAACCUGGACGACUCGGAGGUGGCCCUGCUGCAGGCUGUGCUCCUCAUGAGCUCAGAUCGCUCUGGCCUGACAUCGGUAGAUAAGAUCGAGAAGUGCCAGGAGACGUACCUGCUUGCCUUCGAACACUACAUCAACCACCGCAAGCACAACAUUCCCCACUUCUGGCCCAAGCUGCUGAUGAAGGUGACGGACCUGAGGAUGAUCGGGGCGUGCCACGCCAGCCGCUUCCUCCACAUGAAGGUGGAGUGUCCCAACGAACUCUUCCCUCCGCUCUUCCUGGAGGUCUUCGAGGACCAGGAAGUAUGAACUGACCCCUGACUUUUGCCCUGGAAGAGAUAGAAGAGAGAGGGGGGAAUUAUGAGGGGGAAAGAAAAGGAGUAACAAUUGGCCUCUUUCCUCAUUUUGUGAAACACAAUAUCACCACCAGCAACACGGAUAGUCACCAAGAAAAAAGUCACAGAGAAAAACAAAAAGGCUUUCUUUUGUAUAGCCGUUUUGAUGAUUUGCACUUGGGGCUCUUGUGGCUGCUGGGCCCCACUUUGAGUUGGGGGGUGGGCCCCCCUCUAAAGUGGGGUUCUCUGGCUGUAGGGCCUCUCUCUGAGUUGGGGUUCUCUGGCUGCGGGCCCCCCCCCCCUCCCCUCUCUGAGUUGAUGGUCUAUGGCUGCGCUGUGCGUCUCUAUCUAACAGAGAAGCUAACAGCCCUGAGCGGUGUUCUGCUCCUGUGUUGUUAUACACCUGGUGCACAUGUAUGCAAACCCAAACCCACGAGGUCUGGUUGGAGUACUGGUACUGAUGGAGCUCUGUGUUAGUGGAAAGGCAAUCACUCUGAGAGGCAGAUGGUUGACACAAACAUACACACUUACAUUCACAAUCACACAAUUUUACAAAACCUCACAUAUACAGCCACUGAUGUACAUCUACAUUCACCUAACACACACACACACUACUAUAGACAAACAUAUUCAUACAGUACAUGGACUGAUAUAGCUUUUCAGAGCUGCCCAUCACGCGAGGAGGGCAGAUAGCUACUUUAUUUUGUCCCACAAUCGAGCUUCCAUCAGGGGGUUCCACCCUCCAACCAGCUCCCCUCUUCACCAGCCUCCUCACCAGCCUCCACUGGGACAGUUACCAAGUGUACCCCCACACUUUUCUCUUUUGGACUCUUCCCUUCCACCCCUGAUGUGCAGAGUUACACAUAUACCUCCCUUUAUGACAAUGCAAACACACAUACCUAUUUAUGAAUACAAACAAUAUCCAAUUUGUUGUGCAAUGGUGCAAGAGUACCUGCAUUUAUAUACGCAACCCUUUACCCUCACACAUACAAGUCCUGUAUACCUAACUUACAGCAUGUAUACAGUACACCGGUCUAACUGCAUGCACAUGUAUCUCUGUACCUGCAUAAUACCCACUGGUUUACCUCCAUAUACUUCUCAUCAGAUUGCAUACCUCUCUUAACCCGUAUGCAUAUAUAUAUUUUGCUGAAUAUACAUAUACAGUUAACAUAACUGUCUACCUGUGUAUAUGUGUACCUCUCCUAUACAUACCUCUCUGUGUGUACACACACAAAACAAUACUGUUCUUUUACCUCAUACAGUGCCUUGCGAAAGUAUUCGCCCCGGUUGUUGGUUGAUCCUCACCUAGGCUGUGUCAUUCCACCCAUCCCAAACCUCCACUACAUCUCCCGUUUGGGCUGCACUGCACUUCCUAGUUGCAGACUGUGUGUGUCUCCUCCAUGUUGCCCUGCCCAUCACACAGGACUCCCGCCCCCUCUGAUGUGGGAUUGGUUGAGGGAACGGGGGGGGGGGGGUGUCACUGACAGAGUCUACCUCACCUCCCAUGUCGGAGCAGCUGCCCCUCUCAGUGCAAAUAAAUACACUUCCACAGCUGCCAAUAUGGACCUGUUUGUUCCUCUACUACACCGUUCAGUAUGGUUCUAUGACCCCUGAAAUGUGAGAGGCCGCUGACCUUUUACACUUUUAUUUUUGAAGUAUUUUUAUCACACAGGACCAAGUCUCAUACUGGAUUCCCCUAUGUAUGUUCAAGACAGGAGAAACAACAAACCCACUGGUGGUAUAAAUAUUAUCUGUCUGAUGACAAACUCAAAGGAAACUUUAUUUCGGAGGAAAAGACAGACAAGUACACCUUGGAAGCCAAAUGAGCUCAAUGGACGGGCCAGGCAAAAGCCCGUGGUAAGAAAACACGAAAGAAAACUCCAAUCUUUAACUCAGUUCAGCAGUGUUCACCUGUGGAUGGAUACCCUGGUUCUCAAUGUGGCAGGUCCAGAGACGAGACAAGACAAGACCGAGAGUCCUAGCCGAUGCAACCUGCCACAUAUUGUACUUUUACAGCAUCAUUCAGAGUAGCAACCCCCUUUCUCCUAAAGGUGUGAAAAGUGGUUGCCACAGAGAGCCACAAAGCCUUUGCGUGCCAGGACAGUGUGGAUACAAUCAACCGACAAAUGUUAUCUUAGGUAUGUCCUUCCACGCUACCCCCACACCUCCCAUUCUCCACACUGUUUCUAUUGCACCACCUUAACUAACCACACUACUAAACCAGGAAUAUCAUCUACAUUCUCGAACUUAACAGAUAUCUUCCCGGACACCAAUUAACUUCUUUAAAUGGAGAAUCUCCAUCGAACACGCUUCUUAGUCCAGGACUAGGCUUUAUCUGGGUCCAGGAAACUAGCCCCAAUCUCCCCCUCCACUUUAAGACAAUCUCAUGCUUUGCCCUCACUCGCUUUAACCUCCCCAUAACUCCGUCCUCCCCACAACAUAGCUGUCUUGCUCCCCUCUGAACAUCCAAUUGAACCCCAAGCAAAAGUAGCACUUAGAGAGGAAAGGAAAUCCCAGGAACAUGAAUGAUAUGUCGUCAUGAAGAAUGUAAAACUCAUAGAAAAUCUAUAUACAGUGUGUGCAAAUGUAGUAAGAUUAGGGAGGUAAGGCAAUAAAUAGGCCAUAGUGGCAAAAU